AUGCUUUUGUGGACAACUAGGCUGUACCAAUACUUUACAUUCAAGUCAUUUACCCCGUUUCUCUCAUUCAUGGUUCCGUAUCUUGUUGAGAAGAAGGGAUUUUCAAUUGAUGAAAUGCACAACAGCUUCAGCCCGCUGUUUUUCAUCUCAUCGACGGCCGUUUCGCUUGUCUCGUUCCUGAUCAUAGAGCUUCUGGGCAACAGGAUGAGUCUUUUCGUCGACACUCUGCUUGAGAUAAUUGUGUACCUGAUAUUCAUAUUCAUGCCGUUCAGAAGCACAUUUCUUGUUUCGACUGCAUAUGUGCUUCACGGAGCAACCACGUCGUUUGGUGUUGUCAUGAAGUCCAUCCUCAGCUCCACGGCCGGCAAGAACGAAGACAAGAAUGUCAUUCUUUCAACAGCCACCAGCAUCAAGACAUUUGUGAGCGUCAUUUCGUCUUGGCUUGGCCAGGACAUCAUCAUGUGCGGAGGAACUCAUCUUGUAAACAUGUGUGUGUCUCUUUCAGGGCUAUCCCUUGCACUGCUAACUACAUUGACUCUUCCAGGCACCGGCCAUAGAGUAGAGAAGGCAAAGUUUGUGGAUAGCAUCAAGGCACCGACACAAAUGUGGAGCAUGAUGAAAGAUGCAUAUGCAAAGGAUGUGAUUGUUGCAUCAACACUGUCGUCGUCUGCAGGCAUUCUUUACAUAUGCCUGUCCUUUUAUUCAGCAGGGAUCUUUCUUGAGAAAAGAAGCGGCAUCGAAAGCAACACGAGGAUAAACAGAAUGAUGUUUUUGAUUGCAAAGCCAGUCCGCCUUCUUUCUUACACAAUAAUCAAGCUAUUUUCGCUUAUGGACAAUUCUAUUGUUUAUGAACUGAAUCCAAGCAAGGCCGUGAUAAUCCAUGGAUACAUUGAUGGGUGCUCGAAGAUUCUGUCGUCUCUCAUAGGCCUUCAGGUAUCGAGGGUCGUUUCGAAAGGCAUGUGCAUUCCACUUGGGUUUCUGGCAUCGGUAAUCGCCAUGGCAUUUGCUUUUCUUCUUUGGAUGUCAUCUUCCAUGUCGUGCUCAUACAUGUUCUACAUUCUUUCGUUUAUCGCGUCAUCUAUAUGCAAAACAAUAGCAAACAUGGGCUUACAGAAUGUGUGUGAUGCAACCCAGUAUAAGUUUGUUCUGAGCUUCAACCUGUUUUUGUCGUCGAUCAUACACAUUUCAAUCACGUGCUAUUCCAAACGGCAACUCCUAACUCUGAGGUCUAAACUUAUGGUUUAUUUCUAUGUAAAUGUGUUUUUUAUUGCGAUUGCGCUUGUUUUAUGGAUGCAUUGA